GUCUGUGUAUCCCAGCCUCCCCUUCCUAGACAUCCAUCCCACACCUCUCCACCCGCAAACGACUCCUACGGGGAGGGGAGAGAGAAAAAAAAAAGAAAAAAGAAAAGAGAACGGAACAGUUUGAAACACGUCGGCAUAAAUCUCACAUCCAGAGCUCCCUCUUCUCCUUCCCCUCCUGACGGACUUCAUUACUUUAUUCCUCUGCGCGCCGAUGCCCGAGACCACGCCGAAGCGAAGGAUUUUCUCCCCUUGAGCAUGAAAAGGAUUGCAAAAUCAUCCGCAAUUCAACAUCACCGGCUGAGCCACCAGCAUGAGCACUGGAUACGUAUGCUCCAGCAGAAGUUGUUGGCUAGAGAACUAACCCGUCUCGGAGCACAGAUACAGCUAAGAGGGGAGAGUCAGUUUUAGGUCUCCACAUAAUGGAGCGAGAAUGAACGGAGAGCGGCUUAAAAAAAAGCAUGAACUGGAGGUUUAUUGAGGUCAUCUGCUUCCUGUUUAUAUGGGACCAUAUAACAGUUCAGUCUUCACGCCAGGACCCGUUGGCAACUGAACAACAUGUCACCAAGCAACAUGACUGGCUCAUCUCUGACCGUGGACCAUUCCACCACUCUCGGAGUUAUCUGUCCUUUGUGGAAAGAUUCCGCCAAGGAUUUACGACCAGAUAUAAAAUUUAUAGGGAAUUUGCACGUUGGAAGGUGAGGAACACGGCGAUCGAGAGGCGGGACCUGAUCCGGAACCCCGUGCCACUCAUGCCCGAGUUCCAGCGCAGCGUGCGCCUGCUGGGCCGCAGACCCACAACUCAACAGUUCAUCGACAACAUCAUUAAGAAAUAUGGGACCCACAUUCUCAUCUCAGCCACCCUUGGAGGAGAGGAGGCACUGACUAUGUACUUGGCCAAAAACAAGCUGGACAGGAAGCUGGUCAACGCCACCCAGAACGUGGAAGCUCUUCAUCAGCUGGCCUCGUCCUACUUCAUCGACCGCGACGGCACGAUGAGGAAGCUGCACGAGAUCCAGAUUUCCACCAACGCCAUCAAGGUGACGGAGACUCGGACGGGCCCGCUGGGAUGCAGCAGCUACGACAAUCUGGACUCCGUCAGCUCAAUCCUUCUCCAGAGCCCUGAGAGCAAGAUUCAUCUGCAAGGUCUUCAGGUCAUUUUCCCAGAUUACCUGCAGGAGAAAUUCGUGCAGUCGGCCCUGAGCUACAUCAUGUGCAACGGCGAGGGAGAAUAUGUGUGCAGCAACAACCAGUGCAUCUGUCAGUGUGCCGACGACUACCCACAAUGCAACUGUCCCAUCACCGACAUCCAGAUCAUGGAGAACACUCUGUUGGGGAUGUCUGAGUCCUGGGUAUCCUCUUAUAAAGACUUUGAAAACUCUGAUGAGUUCAAGUCCUUCCUGAAGAGGCUGCCCUCCACUCACUUCCUGCCCAUCAGCAGCGUGCAUCUCCUGUGGGGCAGCGACUGGGACCUUCAGGCUCGCUACAGGCUCCUGCAGAGUUCCCUGGAGAUCCAGCGGCUCAAGAUCCAACGCACCGCCCGCAAGCUCUUUGGCCUCAGCAUCCGUUGUCACCACAACCCCAACCACCAUAUGCCCAGGGAGAGAUCUGUGAUGCAGUGGCUCAACAGGGUUCAGUCCUUCCUCUACUGCAAUGAGAACGGGUUUUGGGGGACCUUCCUGGAGAGCCAAAGGACGUGCGUGUGCCACACAGGUGUCACCCUGUGUCAGCGACCCAUCCCCUGCGUCAUAGGUGGCAACAACAGCUGUGCCAUGUGCAGCCUGGCAAACAUCUCACAAUGCGGCUCCUGCAACAAGGGCUAUAAGUUGUACCGUGGUCGCUGUGAGCCCCAGAAUGUGGACUCAGAACGUAGUGAACAGUUCAUCAGCUUUGAAACUGAUCUGGACUUUCAGGACCUGGAACUCAAAUACUUGUUGCAGAAAAUGGAUUCGCGACUGUACAUUCACACCACUUUCAUCAGCAACGAGAUCCGACUGGAGACCUUCUUUGACCCGCGAUGGCGGAAGCGCAUGUCCCUGACUCUCAAGAGUAACAAAAACCGCAUGGACUACCUCCACAUGAUAAUCGGCCUAUCGAUGAAGAUCUGCCAAAUGCGAAAUAGCAGCAUUGACCCCAUGUUCUUUGUUUAUGUCAACCCAUUUAGUGGUAGUCACUCGGAAGGUUGGAGCAUGCCCUUCGGAGAACACGGUUACCCGCGCUGGGAAAAGGUCCGAUUGCAGAACUCUCAGUGCUUCAACUGGACUCUCCUGCUGGGCAACCGGUGGAAGACCUUCUUUGAGACGGUGCACAUCUACCUGCGUAGCCGCGCCAAGAUCCCAACCGGCCUGCGCAAUGACACGGGCCCAGUGGAUCUCGGAGACCCAAACAAGCGGCAGAUCUACAUCAAAAUAUCCGAUAUCCAAGUGUUUGGCUACAGCCUGCGCUUUAAUGCCGACAUGCUCCGCAGUGCUGUGCAGCAGGUCAACCAGUCGUACACACAAGGGACUCAGUUCUACUCAUCCUCAUCUGUUAUGCUCCUGUUACUGGACAUUCGGGAUCGAAUUAACCGCCUCGCCCCACCGUCUGCGCCUGGCAAACCCCAGCUGGACCUCUUCUCUUGUAUGCUGAAGCACAGGCUCAAGCUCAACAACAGCGAGAUGAUUCGAGUUAAUCACGCCUUGGACAUGUACAGCACGGAGAUUCUAAAACAAUCAGAUCACCUGACUGCUAAACUCUGCUGAACCCAAUUACAUGAACACCCAACAAAUGAACUAUAAGGGGAAAUUGAUCUUAAUUUGUCUUUCUCUUUUUCAUUUUUGGACCUUUUCUGCCUUUUGAUGUAAUAUUAACUUUGUAAGCAUAAUUCUUAAAGACAUAAAGGAAAAAGACAUUGAUGAAAAGCAUUUCAGAUAAGAUAACAAAGAUCAACAGAACCACUAUAAAGACUGUACCAUAUUUGUCCCAGCAUGUCUUUCAUUCCCUAAAAGAACUUAAAAAGAGAGAGAAAAAAAUGAAAUAUAAAAUAUAUGUACUGCUGAAAGAGGCCUUGAUUUUACUCUGAGGGAUCAAAGGUUACAUCUGAAACUGCCAUUGUUUACUGAGAAAAAUGUUUUUAAAGGAAUAAUGAUAUAACACAAGGGCAAACCAGAUUUCCUUUUAUUUCAGAUAAUGUGCAACAUAUUUCAGACAUAAUGGACCGUUAAAUAUUAAAAAAAAAAGUUCAUGCAUUGUAAGGAUUAAAUAGCCCUAGUGAGUAAGUUUUCAACACAUUACGUAUAGACUCUUUAUUACAUUUUAAACCCACAGCAAAUCUUUGUGAGUUAGGAGGCACUCUGUUAUAGUUCUGACACAUAAGGCACACAGCAGGGCAGUAAUGGGUAGUCAUGUCAAAUAACAAAAGCCAGCUGUUUAUAUAUAUACAUAUAUAUGUGGGUGAAUGUAAGUGUGCGUGCGCGUGUGCAAAUGUGCGUGUACAUUUUUUUUUUUUUUUUUUGCUUGAUGCUUAUUGCCGUUCGUCAAUUGAAUGUGUCAUUUGAGAUGGACUCCAGUCAAAGCAAAAUCCUGCAUUUGGAGCGCUUCUUACCGUGUUUGAAUUCAAGCUGUGUUUUUCACAAGGCAGAACCUCCUGGUGCGUGAGUGCAAUAUUGUGGUCUGAAGAUUUAACAAUCAAUGCUAUUUUGUACAGCUUUGCAAAAUGUACAUGUUGUGACUGCUGAUUUGUGGAGCUUUUCAGCACCAAGAGAAAAAUGUAAGCAUUCAUCGUUCAGGCACAUUUGCAAGACAACUUAAAGCCAUACACUUCCCUGAGGUAGACAUACAGUAAGACAUAAAGUUCAUACCUGUUUCACAAAAGUACGUACAUAAAAAAAAAAAAAACGUUAGAAGAAUGUUCAAUUUUUACGGUUUAAUUUUAUUCUCUCAGUUUUUAGAUAAGAGCACAGCGAAAAGGGAGAUGACAAGGGAAGGCAUACCAUGUUGGAUAAGAAUCGUGUUGUAAAGCCACUAAAUUUCUCUGUUGUGCCACAGGAAAAAAAAGAAAAAAAAAGAAAUGGAUAUAUUAAAGCUUAAAAUACCUUUUUGGCAGCGUUUAAUCUGUACGCUUUUUAUGACCACGUGUAAAGAUUUGUUUUUCUCUCCAGAUAUAAAAUUUAACCUUGUUUUGCAUGUUGCUGGGAAACAUCAACAGAACUGCAACUGUGUUUAACACUUCGUCAUCAAACUGAAAUAUAAAACCCCACUGUGUAUUGUCAGUCACACUUUAUUUGGGUAAUCCAAUGCUGAAACAUUGCUAUUGCUGUUUGUUUUUUGUAGAUCCAGACAAUUGCAUGUUUGUUAACAACCACAAAGGCAAGGUCACUCAUGUCACACAACCUGCUGUUAGAGCCAUUGGGGACAUUAAAAAAACUACUAAAAGACUUUAAAAAUAUUUCAUAUGCUGCAUAUUGCUCCCAUAAUCUAGAAAAUCCUUCCUCAGCGUAAAGGUUGCCAGCCCAGUUGCAAGCAUUUAGACUAACAUCUAACAAAUGUUAUAUUUCUCAGAUUGUUUUAUUGUUUUUGUUUGUUUCUUUGGUCUCUUGCUGUAGCUUUAAUUUAGUUCCCUUAUAACUUUUUGUUUAAUUUUGUGUUCUUCUAAAUAAUCGUUGUCCUUUCACAUUGUGAUGUCACUCGUCUUGUGGGGUCGGCUGAAAGCAGAGGCGUGUAAUGAAGGUGCGACUAAAUCCACAAUCACAACUUUUGAUGUAACUAACAGAAUAAUCUCUCGCUUUCUGUGGCAAAUGUUUAUUCUUUUUUGUUUAUUUUAUUGUUGUCAGUCUUCUUUCAAUAAGCACUUCUCACUCUUCAGAGGCGCUUUAGAAAUACCAAUUUAGUCAGAUGUUUAACUAUAAUGGUUCACUACAACUCAAAUCUAUUUCAGGUGACUCUGUAGUCUGCAAAAUAACUUUCCAGUGUACAGUUUAGUGCGUACGCGGUGGCUGAUUCGGGAUGACUAAGGCUCGGGCCAUCAGGCUCAGAUCAGUGUAGUCACAUUAAUCUCAAAGUACACUACUGUUUGCUUUGUCGUAUCAAUGCCUCGACCUCGGUAAAGGUGCAUUUAGUGAGUGAGCAGUUACCGGUGCAAGCUAUUGUUUCACAUUCACGUAGGAUGGCAGCACUGCCUCGAGGAAAGCAGCAGAAGGGGAGAGAGGGCAUCCGAAAACAGAGGAUACCUUUAAAAUAUAUUCGAUCGCGACCAAUUGCAGUCGGUCACAAAGCUCUUUGGAUUUGUUGUUUAUCAGGCCAAGUUAUAAAUUCUGAUCUUGUUUUUGGCAUGCCAAUGUUAAUAUGGUAGACUACGCUUUUGCAAAUAGGUCCAUAGCAUUGCCAUUCUAACGUUUGCAUGCAAACAGUAACUGCUAAUGGAUUAUUUUAAGAUGCCAAGAUGCUGUCAAUAGACAUGUAGUAAAUUGAAUACCUGGUCUUUCAGCAUUAACAUUGGACUAUCCAAAUGAAUCGUUACUUUAUUAUUAUUAUUGUUAUUAUUAUUAUUAAGUGCCUGUUAUCUAUCCCUUUAACACGUUUAGAGCUGGAGAAAACUUUUAGAUGUUACACAGACGAGUGAAACUGAAUUAGCUUCAGAAUUUUAAGACCAUGUAAUGCUGAUCUAGUAAACACUUUUCAUCUCCUCCUGCGAUCUACCCCCGUCAGGAGGUCUGUGCAUGUGGGGAAAUCAAGCACCAUACAGAGGGUCAGAGGAUGACUUGAAGUUAUGGUUGACAUUUUUGUCCCCCUGUUGUACAAUGUAUUUGUAAAUAUUAACUCUGUUACAGUAACAACCUUUGCUACAGUAACAUUAUUAUACAAUAUAACAAUAUCGAAAGGGAAUACGAAGACUACUUUUAAAAAAGAAAAAAAAGCCCUCCAUUUGACUACAUAAGCACUAAGUACAGGGCACUCAUGUCUACUGUAUCUAAUUAGAUUCAUGACAAUGUAUGACUGUUUUUAUAUUGUCAAAGCAUUCUGUACAUUUACAAUUUAGUUUUGAGCCACCGCAAGGUCCAUAAAACAAGCACAUCUACUUGUAUGGCAUUAUGCUACCACAGUGUUGCUUACAUGUAUCCAUGGAUAUGUCUGAAGAUUUUUACACCUAAUACCUUGCCUAUGUAAUUUUUUGCUGUUCUGUUGACAUCCUUACAUCAGCUUAUUUCAAAUGAAUGUUUCAUAUAAUAAUCUAUUUCUCAUUAAAAGGCUAUAUUUAAUAAGAA